AUGGAAGUGAUGCUUGAUACACAAGUCACCGAGAAGAGUGAAUGUUUCAAGUAUCUCGGGUCAAUAAUCCAAGGUAAUAGGAAAAUCAACAAUGACAUCAUACAUAGUAUUGGAGCGGGGUGGAUGAAAUGGAGGCUUGCAUCUGGUGUCUUGUAUGAUAAAAAUGUGCUGCAAAAACUUAAAGAUAGGGAACCUGAUAUAAAGCCUCUCUGUGCUCGGACAACAAGUCACAUGUAUGGCACAAGUUUCAAUGAUAUCAGUCAAGGGAAUGCUAGAGGGAACAAAUGGAUAUCAGUUCCUCCGGUCACGGUACAAGUCAACUCAUUAGAGUUGUUAAAGCUGUUGCACAACAGACGCAACAGUAGAACAAUCACUGUUAACACAUGA